AUGCUAAUAUUUAAAAAAGUGAAUUCAAAAGUUUUAAGUAUAAACAAUUAUUUACAAAAAUAUUUAGAAUCAAAUCAAUUUGAAAAAAAUUUAAAAGAAUCAUUAAAUAAUAAAAACUACGGUGUUUCAAAUAGCCUACUGUAUGAUUUAUCUAUUUCAACUUAUGAUGUGAAUUAUUAUAGAAGGGUAUUAAGCGAAGUUUUUAAGGCAAUUCAAGAAAAGCCUUAUAAAUGGAGAAGGAUAUAUAAAGGUUUAAGAUUAUGCGAAUAUGUAAUGAAGAAUGGGUGUGAAUAUUUUAUUAGUGAUGUUAAGGAAAAAGAAGAAUUGAUAAAAAAAUUGACACAUUUUACAUAUUUAGAAGAUUUAAAGGAUAGGGGUGUGGGAAUAAGAGAAAUUUCAAACAAUAUUUUAAAAUUAUUACGAGAUAACAAGUAUUUAAAAAGUGAAAGAAUGGAAGCUGUAAAAUAUGCAAAUAUUUGCACAAAUAUAGAAUCAAAGCCAAUUGAAAAAAAGGGAUUUUUUUCUAAUAAGAAAAAAAAAAAAAAUAAAAUAAAAAAAAUUUAUGAAAACAAUAGAAGAAAUAUAAUAGAUUCAAGAAAUAGCAAACUUUUUAAUUCCAAGAAUAUUUUUGAUGAGAUACAAGAAGAGAGAAAUAUUUUAAAUAGAUAUACAAGUAAUAACAAUUAUAAUAAUAAAAAUAUAAUGAAUAUAGAACAACAAAAUAUCGAUAGUGAUAGAAAAUCAAUAAAAUCAUAUAGUGACACUUACAGUAAUUCAUCUAAUAGUCACUCCGUCUAUAAAUCAAGUAAAAAUAUCUCAAGAAAAAGCAGAAUUCAUAGUUCAUCUUCUGCGUCAUCAAAAUAUUCACGUUCACCUUCAUCAUCAUCUUACCAUUCUUCAUCACGUUCAUGUUCUAAUGCAACAUCUCACUCAACAUCUCGUUCAUCUUCAAAUCAUUCUUCUCAUGUAUCAUCAUCUCGUUCGUUUUCUCAUCUGUCUUCUCGCUCAUCUUCUCACUCAUCUUCUCAUUCAUCUUCUCAUUCGCGUUCUUCAUCAACAUCAAAUGUUACAAGUUCAUGUUCUAAUUCAAAAUCAAGUGGAAGAAUUAGGCAUAAGUCUAGUAAUCAUAGAAGAAAUAAAUUCGGAAAAAGGAAUUGA